AUGGCGGUACGAUUCUACUAUGACAUGACUAACAGACAGAAGGACAAGGCACUGGGUUUGAAUACGGGACUCUCGCUACCCAAGCGCUGUAAAGGACACGUUUUGUUUGUGGACUGUUCGCUCUGUGCCCUCACAGCCUUCCCAGCUCACCUUUUACAUCUGGAACACCUGGAGGAGUUACUACAUAUGGAGGGGAACUUCAUCUGUUCACUACCUUCCGCGAUCAGCCAACUUAAAAAUCUCCGUGUUCUUUACUUGCACGAGAAUCUUCUAAGUUGCGUUUGCGAGGACCUUGGGAGGUUGUCGCAAAAUCUGCAUUCCUUGGAUUUGAGUCACAAUCCAUUCAAAUGUCCUGAACAAACGCAGGAGGUGGUCCAUCGCUUGCAUGGUUUGCGUGAGCUCAGAUUGUACAAACUGGAUCUUAAACAGCUCCGUGAUUUCAUCUGCAAAACCCUCUUCAGACUAGAAAUUCUGGGUUUGUCAGAUAAUGCUCUUAGUGCUCUCCCUUCAGAGAUCACCAACCUUCUAUUCCUAAGAGAAAUAUAUUUGAAUAACAAUUUGUUCCAGAUGUUUCCAACUGCACUGGACAAACUGCCCCAUUUGGAAAUCAUUGAUGUUGGACAGAAUAAAAUUGGUGCAAUCUUGGAUUAUGAUUGUGGAUCUUCUUGGGAGAAACUCUUUGAUUGA